AUGAAUCAAAUCAUUCGUCUGACGGCUCUCAUUGCUUCCUUUAUCCUUUCCGUUAAAGCUUCAGCGCACGCUAAGGCCAAUGCUGAUGCAAUUGCAAUUGCAGAAUCUCUUCCAUGGGCGAGGGCAAAUUCCCACGCUGCUUCUGCUGCCAAAUCUUAUGCUCAAGCCUAUGCAAAUGCUCUGUCAAUUGGCUAUCCAGAUCCUGAAGCCUAUGCUUUGGCACAAUCAGAGGAUCAAUGUGCCACCAUCGCAUGUCAUGCCUCUUGUGGACUGAUGAUCAUUGAGGGUCAAAGAUGCUCGUUGAAUACGGAAAACAGUUUUUGGGGUCCACAUAAUUCUACUUGCCUGUGUGCUCCGGACUCCCCAUUCUUGGAAUACUACCCUCCUUGUAUGGAAUGUGGUUGGACUCUCUGGAAGUACUAUUCGGCUUAUGUGAUAGAGGCACUGCAAGCUUGCGAGACUCUGAGUACUGAACCAACGGGUACGUCGAGAUGCUCAACGACGUUGACAGAUAUAUAUACACCUGAUUGGGAGAUUGAUGCUUGUCUCUAUACAGGAGGGUGUGAAACAACCACCACCAGGGCUGCUGAUACUGAUACAUUACCUGAUACUCUGUAUACAGAAGAGACAACUUUAACAGAGGGCGAAGAAGAAAUAGAAGAUACCCAAACUUCAUCAGAGCUCGAUUCCACAGAGGACAGCAGAGGGACCAUUACAGAGACCACCGGAGAGACCACCGGAGAGACCACCGGAGAGACCACCGGAGAGACCACCACACCCGAAGAUACAGGUACUCCAGACAUUACCACUCUAGCUGAACCGAUAUUCACCGGAGAGCUUCUCUCUGGAAACGUUCCAGAAUGGUCCAUCUCAGUUCCCGGAACACUAGGCCCUUGGUCGAAUAUUGAUAUUAAAAUCACAAAGAAUGAUAUGAACAACAUGUUUGAAUACUCUCAUGCUUCCGUAUUUGUCAAUGGUAUUGAAGAACCAUCAGCAACAAUAGCCAUUACUCCAGAUUCCAUUGCUAUCUCUUUAGAUCGCAUCAUUGAUGAGGAUGGUGAUUUCGUUGUUAAUUUCCGAGGUAUAGUGGAUAAAGGGAAUUCUUGGACUUCCAACGCACGCAUUACCAUCACCACUUUUGACGACGAGGGAUUAAGGGAGAAAGCUGAAGUUGUUUAUGAGCUUUCUUCAACCAUCUCAAGUAAUAUCCCUGGAAAAGAAGAGUCAAUAACCUCGAAAUCAACUCUAUCUGAUGUAGCAACAACAAUUAUUACAACGAAAUCCUGUGAUGAUGAUGAGAUAUGCUAUGAAUUUCUUGUGAUUACAGGUGUUACCGUCGUUGUGACAACACUAGAAGGGCUGGCGACUAGUUAUACCACAUAUUGCCCGAUCGAGUCUGACACAGAGAUCAAACCAACACAAGACGAAAAUGUCACUAUUAUCACCACAUGCGAAACACAUAUUUGCUACGAAGUUACAGCAACUUCUGUUGAAAUAGCUCCGACAAAACCCCAUGAAGUCAAAGAAACGUUACAUGUGGGAACUAGCGAUUCUCUGGAUGCUGAAGGAGAAGAAGAGUACGUAUAUGAAAAUGGAGAGUAUGAGAUCUGCGAGCCGGAUGAUGAAGAUGACAGUGUAGGUGAUGAUACUGAAGGUGAUGAUACUGAUUCUCCUAGUGUUAUGGAUAGUGUCAUCCGUACUGGUACCAGCACUGUGGCUAUUGUUGAUGUUACUGCUGAUACUACUGCUGAUAUUACUGCUGAUAUUACUGCUGAUAUUACUGCUGAUGUUACUGCCGAUGUUACCACUGAUGUUACUGCUGAUGUUAUCGCUGAUACUACUGAUGUUACUGCUGAUGUUACCGCUGAUACUACUGAUGACACUGCUGAUGACACUACUGAUGUUUAUACUGGAGGUGAAACCGUUGUUGCAGUUCAGAGACCAGAAGAUCAACUAGGUCAUAAAACUAUCGUCAGCGAACAACAAACUCUCGCCAGUACUGAACAACCUCUCGUCAAUGAACAAGAAACUUCGAGAGGACCUGAUACCUCUUCCGAGGUCCACGCUACUGAAGCUGUUUCCACAGAUGUUGUCCUCACUGUGUUUGACGGAGGGGCAACAAACCUUGCCAGCUUAGCCUUGACAUCAUUUUUGAUGGGUAUUCUCUUGUUUUAA